GGCCGGGCGCGCGGGAUGGAACACCGAGACACCGACGGAAUGCUCCGAGUUGCCACAUAAUCCCCUGGAACGGCCGCGCCGAACGCCAUUGGCUUCUCCCUUCUCCCCGCGCUGCCGCCGCCGCCGUCUCCCACCUUCGCCUCACCGCCUCCCUCUCCUCCCGCUGCCUCCGGAGCUGGGGGGGAAGCGCGAAGCCCCACUGCAAUGGAGCCCGCCGCCGCGGCUACGGCGCAGCGACUCCCAGAGACCAGCAGGGAGGACCGAGCUCCGGCUCCGGCGGCGGCGGCGGCGGCGGCGGCGGUGGCGGCAGCGGCCGGGGGCGGCCGGAGCCUGGAGCCCGCGCUGACCCCGGCGGCCCCGACCGGCGGGGCGCGGGAAGAGGCCCCCGGCGAGGCGCAGCCGGGGCCGCUGCCGGGCCGGGCGGGAGGCGCGGGGCGCCGGCGGCGGCGCGGGGCGCCCCAGCCCACCGCCGGCGGGGCUGCCCCGGUGCCCGGGGCCGGCAGCGGCGCCAACUCCCUCCUGCUGAGGAGAGGGCGGCUGAAAAGGAAUCUGUCCGCGGCCGCCGCCGCCUCAUCGUGCUCGUCCUCUUCCUCCUCGUCGUCGUCCUCGGCUGCCGCCGCCUCGCACUGCCCCGGCGCCGCCGGCCUCUCUGCCUCCUGUUCGGCCUCCGCGUCGCUGUGCACCCGGAGCCUGGACAGGAAGACGCUGCUCCUGAAGCACCGGCAGAUGCUGCAGCUGCAGCCGUCGGACCGGGACUGGGUGAGGCACCAGCUCCAGCGGGGCUGCGUGCACGUCUUCGACCGCCACCUGGCCUCGACCUACCUGCGCCCGGUGCUCUGCACGCUGGACACCACGGCCGGCGAGGUGGCCGCACGCCUGCUGCAAGUGGGCCACAAAGGCAGCGGUGUGGUGAGGGUGCUAGGCAAGGGCCCGGGCCCCGCGACCGGCACGCAGCGGCCCCCCGACGUCGGCCCCCGGCUCGCGCCUGCGGAACCCCGGGACUUGGGGCCGCCGCCCGGGAGGAGCGGGCUGGCUGCCGUCGGGGGCCCGCGGCGCGCGCCUCCCGCGGACCUGCAGCUGCCGGGCGGCCCGGGCGGGUGGGCGCGCCGCGCCUCCCGCGCCAGCCCCGCGCCGUCAGACUCCAGCCCGGGUGAGCCGGGCGCCCCGCAGCCCCCGGACGGCGCAGCCGCCGGCCCGGCCUCCGACACCGAGAGCUUCAGCCUGAGCCCCAGCGCCGAGAGCGUGUCCGACCGGCUGGACCCCUACAGCUGCGGCAGCGGCUCCUCUUCGUCGUCCGAGGAGCUCGAGGCUGACCCGGCCCCGGCUCCGGGCCAGCCCCGCCUGCCCGGCCGCUCCGCGCCAUCCCGGCCCGGGGCGGGCGCCCGGCCGCCUUCCCCGACGGCCUCCCCGCCUCUGCUGCAGCCGAAAGACCCGAGGGGCGUUGACGGCCCGGGAGGGGCCGCCCGCGACCGGCCUCGGGAGGAAAAGGCGGCUGCAGCUACGGCCGUUGGCCGCCCCCAGUCGACCCCGGGUGGGAACGGGGCGGCCCCGGAGAAAGCGCCUCCGCCGCCCACCCUGUACGUGCAGCUCCACGGAGAGACCACCCGGCGCCUGGAGGCAGACGAGAAGCCAUUGCAGAUCCAAAAUGACUACCUCUUCCAACUGGGAUUUGGGGAGUUGUGGAGGGUGCAGGAGGAAGGCAUGGACUCGGAGAUUGGCUGCCUCAUCCGCUUCUAUGCAGGAAAACCUCACAGCACCGGUAGCUCUGAAAGGAUUCAGCUCUCAGGAAUGUAUAAUGUCCGUAAAGGCAAAAUGCAAUUGCCGGUGAACCGAUGGACCAGACGCCACGUCAUCCUGUGUGGGACCUGCCUGAUAGUAUCAUCUGUGAAAGACAGCUUGACCGGAAAGAUGCAUGUUCUGCCACUAAUUGGUGGAAAAGUAGAAGAAGUGAAAAAGCACCAGCACUGUUUAGCAUUUAGCUCCUCUGGACCCCAAAGCCAGACAUACUACAUUUGUUUUGAUACAUUCACAGAGUAUUUAAGGUGGCUUCGACAAGUCUCCAAGGUUGCGUCACAACGCAUUAGCUCAGUGGACCUCUCGUGUUGUAGCCUGGAGCAUCUGCCUGCCAACCUCUUCUACAGCCAAGACCUCACUCAUCUCAACUUAAAACAAAACUUCCUAAGGCAGAAUCCCUGCCUACCAACUGCCAGGGGGCUCAAUGAACUGCAAAGGUUCACCAAGUUGAGGAGUCUUAACCUUUCCAAUAAUCAUUUAGGGGACUUCCCAUUAGCAGUCUGCAAUAUUCCAACCCUGACUGAGCUGAACGUGUCCUGCAAUGCCCUGCGAGCAGUCCCCGCAGCCGUCGGGGUUAUGCACAACUUACAGACUUUCUUGUUGGAUGGAAACUUUCUCCAGGCCCUUCCUCCUGAGUUGGAGAACAUGCAUCAGCUUAGUUAUCUUGGUCUUUCUUUCAAUGAAUUCACUGACAUUCCAGAGGUUUUGGAGAAAUUGACUGCUGUGGAUAAACUUUGUAUGUCUGGAAACUGUAUGGAGACCCUUAGGCUCCAGGCUUUAAGAAAAAUGCCUCACAUUAAACAUGUGGAUCUAAGACUGAACAUAAUUAGGAAGCUAAUAGCAGAUGAAGUGGAUUUUCUUCAGCACGUCACUCAGCUUGAUCUGCGCGACAAUAAGCUUGGUGAUCUAGAUGCCAUGAUUUUCAACAACAUUGAAGUUUUACACUGUGAAAGGAAUCAGCUGGUGACAUUAAACAUCUGUGGCUAUUUCCUAAAAGCGCUCUAUGCCGCUUCUAAUGAACUUGUUCAACUGGAUGUUUACCCAGUUCCAAAUUAUCUGUCGUACAUGGAUGUUUCAAGGAACUGCUUAGAAAACGUGCCUGAGUGGGUAUGCGAAAGCCGAAAGCUAGAAGUUUUGGAUAUUGGCCAUAAUCAAAUAUGUGAACUUCCUGCACGCUUAUUUUGUAAUAGUAGUCUCCGGAAGCUGCUGGCAAGACACAACCAGCUGACGAGGCUACCCGAGAGGCUGGAGAGGACCUCAGUGGAGGUCUUGGAUGUGCAGCACAACCAGCUCCUGGAGCUGCCGCCGAACCUGCUGAUGAAGGCCGACAGCCUGAGAUUCCUGAAUGCAUCUGCAAACAAACUGGAAACCCUUCCUCCAGCCACUCUUUCUGAAGAGACGAACAGCAUCUUACAGGAGUUGUAUUUGACAAAUAACAACCUCACAGAUAAAUGUGUGCCCUUGUUAACAGGACACCCCCAUCUAAAGAUCCUUCACAUGGCCUACAACCGACUUCAAAGUUUUCCAGCAAGUAAAAUGGCAAAACUGGAGGAACUUGAAGAAAUUGACAUCAGUGGGAAUAAACUGAAAGCCAUCCCGACGACCAUCAUGAAUUGCCGGCGCAUGCACACCAUGAUUGCUCAUUCUAAUUGCAUUGAGGUCUUUCCUGAAGUUAUGCAGCUCCCAGAAAUCAAGUGCGUGGACCUGAGCUGUAAUGAGCUAAGCGAAGUCACUUUACCAGAAAACCUGCCUCCAAAACUACAAGAACUAGACCUGACUGGAAACCCCCGACUUGCCCUCGAUCACAAAACCUUGGAACUUCUGAAUAAUAUCCGCUGUUUCAAGAUUGAUCAGCCUUCUGCAGGAGAUGCAUCUGGAGCCCCAGCUGUCUGGAGCCAUGGAUACACUGAAGCCUCAGGGGUGAAAAACAAGUUGUGUGUCGCGGCCCUGUCUGUGAACAACUUCUGUGACAGCCGGGAGGCCCUGUACGGGGUGUUUGACGGAGACCGUAAUGUGGAGGUACCCUACCUCCUCCAGUGCACUAUGAGUGACAUUUUGGCCGAAGAGCUGCAGAAAACAAAAAACGAAGAAGAAUACAUGGUUAAUACGUUCAUUGUUAUGCAAAGGAAACUUGGCACGGCCGGGCAGAAGCUUGGAGGCGCUGCUGUGCUCUGUCAUAUCAAGCAUGACCCCAUGGACCCAGGAGGAUCCUUCACCUUGACCUCUGCUAAUGUGGGCAAGUGCCAAACAGUUCUCUGUCGGAACGGGAAGCCGUUGCCUCUGUCCAGAUCGUACGUCAUGAGCUGCGAAGAGGAGCGGAAGAGAAUUAAACAGCACAAGGCCAUUAUCACCGAGGACGGCAAGGUGAACGGAGUGACGGAGUCCACGCGCAUCCUGGGCUACACCUUCCUCCACCCCAGCGUGGUGCCGCGGCCCCACGUGCAGUCCGUGCCCCUGACCCCCCAGGACGAGUUCUUCCUCCUGGGCAGCAAGGGCCUGUGGGACAGCCUGUCGCCCGAGGAGGCGGUGGCGGCCGUGCGCCCCGUGCCCGACGCCCUGGCCGCCGCCAAGAAGCUGUGCACGCUGGCGCAGAGCUACGGCUGCCACGACAGCCUGAGCGCCGUGGUGGUGCAGCUCAGCGUCCCCGAGGACAGCUUCUGCUGCUGCGAGCUGGGCGCGGGGGGCGCCGGCCCGCCGCCCAGCCCCGGCCUCUUCCCGCCGCCCGGCAGCGCGGGGCUCAGGGAGCGGCCGGCCGACGCGCCGGGCGUGCCGUCCUCCAGCAGCGGCCUGGCGUCCGAGAUGAGCAGCGAGCUGUCCACGUCCGAGAUGAGCAGCGAGGUGGGCUCCACGGCCUCGGACGAGCCGCCGGCCGGCGCCCUGGCCGAGAGCAGCCCCGCGUGCGCCAGCGAGCCGCGCUGCGCGCUGCACCCCGUGGGCGCGGCCCACCCCUUCCAGCGCCAGCUGUCCAGCGCCACCUUCUCCAGCGCCCUCUCCGACAACGGCCUGGACAGCGACGACGAGGCGCCCAUCGCCGGCGUCUUCAGCAACGGCAGCCGCGUGGAGGUGGAAGUGGACAUCCACUGCGGCCGCGCCAAGGACAAGGAGCCGCAGCGCCUGCCGCCCGCGCCGGCCGACGCCAGCGACGAGGGCAUCGUCGUCAGCGCCAACGAGGACGAGCCGGGGCCGCCGCGGAGGGCGGACGGGCCGGCCGCGGGGACCACCGGGCGGCGCCGCGCCAACGGCUCCGUGGCGCCGCAGGAAAGGAGCCACAACGUGAUCGAGGUGGCGGCCGACGCGCCGCUCCGAAAGCCCGGGGGCUACUUCGCGGCGCCGGCCCAGCCGGACCCCGACGAUCAGUUCAUCAUCCCCCCGGAGCUGGAGGAGGAGGUCAAGGAGAUGAUGAAGCGGCAGCCGCCGCCGCCGGGCCCGGGGGACCCGCUGCCGGACUACUGUGACACGCCACUCUGACCCGCCUGGGCGCUAGUUCCCAAAUAAACUAACCGAGAAAGACGGAGUCGCAAGAGUCUCCCAGGCUCACGUUAAACCAGGGGUUCACUCCACGCCCUCCCACGUCCGCACCUGUCCUUGCACCUCGUCCGUAGGUUCUCCUUCUGUCGUUUGUUUUUUUAAUCAUUACCACUCUUCUAGUGAUGCUCUACCAAUAUGAUUUAAAUUUGUUAACCUCUCCCCUAACAUAUCAGAUGUGUAAAGACAAAGAACAAAAGGUUUAAUAUAUUACAGAGAAACGGUUAAUGUAAUAUUUUUUAAAAUGGCUUUUUGUUGUUUUGUUCGGAAGGCAGGGCGGGUUGCCAGUGCUAAAUGAUUUUAAUAAUAUUGUAAUUCUGUAUUUCUUGGGGGGGGGGGGGAGGCUUUUUUUUUUGUCUUGAAAAUGAUAGACAUUUGUAGAAUAUGGAGACUAACUCCUAGGAGUUGCUUUACUCUGUCAGGUGACUUGAGUCACUGGGAUUCACUAAUUUUCUCUGAGAGAACAGUUGAUUGAGAAAUUUCUAUUGUAAAUAGCUCAGUGUUGUAUAGUGACGCUUCAGAUGUUUUGUAGUUUUGGCCUAAGGACACAGCCUAAACAACGGACUUUUCUCCUCCUCCUCCUCCCCCUCGGAUGAGCCUUCCCCCCACCUCACCCCACCUGAGCUCAUUCAGUGUGGAGGCUGAGCAGCGAAAGAGCACUUCUGUUCAGAUAAGGGGGAGCUUAGGCCGCUAGAAAGGAACCUGCACCCAAGGGGCCUCUGACCCUUUUUCCUUCCUCUCCUGCCCCCACCCAGCCUCUUGACUUUUGCAGACACUUUGUGUUCCUUAUUGCUGCCACAGUCAGCAUGAUUGUAUACCGUUCAGUUAGAUCAUUUACAUACCAAGAGCUAUAUUAAAGCAGAAUGCACAAAUGAACAUGUCAAUUUUUGUUAUAAUAAAUAUAAAAUUUACAAGUAUUGGACCCAUUUGCUUUUGUCCCAGGUGUGUCUACAGGAUCACACCCAGCUUGGGUUUGGAAUGAAUGGAUGUAACUUCGGGGCAGAUAUUUCUGCCCUUUUUUUUUUUUUUUUUAAAGGGAAAACACCCAACAGGUUAACCAACCUUCAAUGAGCUACUGAAAUUGACCCUAUGCAGAGCUGGUCUUAAAGCCUUUCUAUUUCUUGUCAUGAUCAUGCAGGGAUAGACAGACAGAGGUUAUAUAGAGGCGAUCCCUGGGAAACUCCUCCCACAAAGCCUAGUUCUUUCCAGUUCUCUCAGGGGCCCCUUGAGCCACAUGAACAGGUUACUAGACCUUUUAUGUGAACAGUGAAAGCCAGGAGCUGGCUGCCCACCUCCCCACCACCAGCAGACAUAACGUUAGCACAGUGGAGUCCACCAGGAAAUCCAAUAUUGCAAGCUGACUUACUAGCUUUUGCAGACUCUAGCACCCCCCUUCACCCCAACCCUGCAUCUCGUGAAGGCAGACCUGUCUUCCUUUUCGGGCCUGCCCUCCAGUGGUCCCUGGCUAGCUCAGCGCCGGGACCGGGCAAGUAGUAGUUCUCCACGUGUAGACUCAGUGAUGGACUGUCUGCUCUUUUGCUGGGGGGCCAGAUCAGUGGACCAGGCUUGUCUUGGUAACGUCCAUGCCUCCUUCUGGGUCUGGCUACUGGUAUACAUGCUCUUUGAAAACCACCAAGACCACAGAAGGAUGAACUCAGCCCAGUAAGAGACCCAGGCACCAACGGACGAGACGGCCCAAGCCUACGCAGAGUGCUGUGCUCGAGCCAGGAAGCAAAACCAGCUCAGGCUCCCACACCCAGCCCCAGCCACCAGCAGCCUGCCUUCCUCCGCCUUUGCCCCGCUCCACGUGGAUCAGAGCACACUUGGGAAGCUCUGGGAUUGCACAGGGGUGCCUUACUUCACUUCUGCUCAUCAAGGUGGCAGCUGAUACUACAGGUAGAACUGCUUAUAAAACUGUCAAGUGCUUAACCUGCGAAGGUCCCCGAAGCCAAGGGCUUUCCGGGGUGAGUAUGAGAGAGAAGGGCAUCCUCCCCUGCCACAUUCCCUGCUUCCUCCAGGAAGGCCAGGGGAUUGGGAAAGGGUCGGGGACAGGGAGAGGAAGGGGUUAGAGCAGAAGCCUAGCAAACUUGCAGUCCUGUUGAAGACUCAAAGGUCCCGAUCGAGGAACCUAGAAGUGGUUUGGUGUUGGAUAAAGCACGGGCUGCUCGGCGUGUGCCCAGGGAAUAGGGCAUACCAGCUUUGAAGGGGGCACCAGGGCCUGUCUCCGGAGCCCAGACACCCAACCUGUCCCACCCGGUUUCUCUUGAUUGCUGUUGUCACAGCACCACCUGCUGGUGAGAUCAGACUUCGUUCUUUAUCCUUCUCCACUCUUCCAGAAGACCCAAAGUCACUUAUCAUUUACCUACACCCUGACAGAGAGCAACCCCAAGCGCUUAUUAAAUAGGCAGAGAAGCUGCAUUAAAUCACGUGAUUGCGCCAGUGCCCGCGGGCCUUGUACGGUGGGAAACGGACAUGCGGACAGAUCAAGAGGUGUAGCCAGAACCCCAGCGCUAAUCUGGGAGAGCGGAAGUCAGGCUCCAACAUCUGUCAAUCCCCCAUUCCCCAGGAUGAAAGAAAGAAAAAUCCGUAAGAGGUGUCCGAUCUUAAGGGACAGCGUCUGAGAAUCCGCUCAGUGAGGGCACUGCCUGGUGGGGAAAGAAAGGCCGAUUCCCGGGGCGCCUGAGUGGCUCAGUCGGUUAAGCGUCUGCCUUCGGCUCAGGUCAUGAUCCCAGGGUCCUGGGAUCGAGCCCCGCAUCGGGCUCCCUGCUCCGCGGGAAGCCUGCUUCUCCCUCUCCCACUCCCCCUGCUUGUGUUCCCUCUCUCUGUGUCUCUCUCUGUCAAAUAAAUAAAUAAAAUCUUUAAAAAAAACAAAACAAAAAAAAGCCGAUUCCCAUUUGUGUUCAUGCCCACGUGAGCACGCAUCGGAAGACGCGGUGAAUUCACCCCACCACAUCGAGAGAGACUUUCUGUUAAGUGUGGGGUCUGCCCUACCUGCCUCCCCAGUGAUCGAACCAGGUAACGUAUGUCGAGUGAGUUGUAGAGAGGAAAGCCUUAUGUAAGUGGAAAUACGGUCACGGUUAUAAUUGGGAACACAGCAAAAGUCCCUUUUUAAAUUAAGAACUCUCAGAGGAGCAGCUGUUGGGAUUCUUACAGGUAGCAGAGAGGAGGUCAUGGUAGAGAAAAUAGCCUUUUCUCCUUUCUUACCAAUGAGUCUUUUUGUUCAUCCUCCAACAUAAAUUUUCUGCAAAUUAGUCUAUGCAAACAAUUUCACUUUUGUCAUUCACCUACUAUGAACCUGGUCGUAUUGCUGCAUAUUUGAAAGAUGAUUCUAAAGGUCGCCCCCGCAUCCCACGCCAAACCGAAAUUACAACCACAUUCAGACGGGCUGCUCCCAUGGUCAUUCUUCAAUUUCUAAAGAGGUAGAAGUAAAACUGGCUUUAAACUGAAAUUAUGACUUUCCAGUCAUUACUAUUACGUGGGUCUUAUUCCAAAAACCAUACUUUGCCCUAAAUACCAAUCUUAUCUAUUGAAAAAAAGCUAAAAUGACAGCAAAAAUCAUUUUCCCAAAUGUUGCAGCCCCAGAUGCUGACUUUGAGAACUCAUUUACAGGCCAUUGGCUUCUCUGGGUCUUUAAGAAAACUACUCCACCAGUAACAUUUGAAGGUCCUUGGAUCAGUUUUCCAUUUAAUAGAAAUCAUGCUGCCAGCCAGCAAUAAAUCCUGCACACAAAGUAAACUCUUCUAUUUGGCCUCGAAUACAUUUUAAGAAUUACUUGGAUAUUCCUUGUGCUGGAACAUUUCGGUAUGUUAAAAAUAGCUCCUCAAGAUCUCCAGUCCAACCCGACCACAUCAGAGGAUCCCGAACUCCCCUCCUGCACAGACGCACCCAGUCUCCAGCUUGGACAGAGCAAGGUCUCCGGGAGAAGAGCUGAGGGCGGACCGAGCAGCGUCUGCACGAGAGACAGACAGAGUGAGCGAGCGAGAGCGGGAGGAACAGCAGGAGAGACGGACACGGGACGAAGGCAGCACCGGCCAAGCUGGGAGUGCAGGGGGGAUACUCCUGAGGGACCGUGAGCACAGAAGAAAAGCCACAGUUUAAAAGGGCAGCGAGAAGAGAAGGGACCCAGACCGAGGGCCCUGUUUCCCGGCCCCCUACCUCCCUCCUCGUUAGAUGCCCUGGCCGGCCCGUCGCCUCCGUGAGCCGCAGGUUCCUAGCCUCCACCGGCCCCAGCUGUCCCAAGAGGACCCCAGACGGCACACACUGGGACACCCCUGCUCAGCAAGCACAACCGCUCCGACCAGCUCGCCGAGGUGACAGGGGCGCAGAGCACACUGCGACACCGCGGUCCCGUGCCACCCAACAGAGGACUGCCCCCGGGACCCCUGGGGCCAACGCCCGGCUCAGCGGCAGCUGCCCUACAGGCAACCCUGUGCUCAGAGCACUCCAGGAACCACUGGCCCCUGCCCACCUCCGCUCCGGACACCCUGCCAGGGCAGCCCCUGCGCCGAGCGGCCAGGGACCUCCCCAGCCCAGGCCUGCCCCACGUCCAGCCGCCCGGCCACGCACCCCGUCCCUGCAGAGCCCUGGGGCCACCAUAAGGCUGGCGGCUGACUCGCCUGCAGCCUCCAGCCAGGGCCCCCUCGGUGUGGAGAGCCCUGCACCCGCCCCUGCCCCAGCCCACGCCAGCCUCGGUUCCAGCCACCGCACCAGGCUCGCCCCGGCACAGCGUGCUCCACGACCCCCAGCCUGUGAUGGCAACGGCUCCAGCCACGGUCCCCGGGCACACACGGUCUACACGGGGGCCACCCACACAAGAUCAAUCCUUCACGGAAGGUUUCCACCCCAUUCAUAGAAGCCAACACAAAGUAACGCAAAGUGAGACCCAAAAAUAUGCUCCAAACAAAAGGAGACAAAACCUUAGAGAAAGAGCUAAAUGAAAGGCAGAUAAACCGUCUACCGGAUACAGAAUUCAAAGUAAUGUUCCUAAAAAUGCCCACCGGGAUGGAGAGGAGAGUGGAUGAACUCAGUGAGAACUUCAACAAGUGAUAGAAAAUAUAAAAAAUACCAGUCGGGACUGAAGAAAACAGUAACAAAUGAAAAAUACACUCGAGGGCAUCAACACGUUAGGAAAAUGAAGAAUGGAUCAACAAUCUGGAAGACGGUGAUGGAAAGCACCUAAGCUGAACAGAAAAACAAAAAUUUAAAUGAGGAUAGGUUAAUGGGACCUCUUGGACAGUAUAAAGUGAGAAAACAUUCACAUUAUAAGAAACCCAGAAGGAGAAGAGGGAGAGAAAGGGGCAGAACAAUUAUUUGAAGACAUAAUAGCUGAAAACUUCCCUAACCUGGGGAACAAAACAGACAUUCGGGUUCAAGAAACAGAGUUUCAAACAAGAUGAACCCAAGGAAGUUCACACUAUGACACAUACUAAUUAAAAUGUCAAAGAUUAAAGAUAAAGAAAAAUUUUAAAGCAGCAAGAGACACGGCUGGUGAUGUCAGACACACCAAAGAGAUGGAUGAAACUGGGCCGAGUUUAUCAAGAGGACCAUCUUGAAAAUCCCAAUGACUGAUAUGACGACAAUCCUCCAAGCCUGGGAUUUUUUGUCUGAAAAAUCAACUGCAGACCAUCAACUUCUGGCAGAGAAAGGAAUCUCUUGUUCAGGACUUUGUUCUGCUCUGUG